CAUAGGUUGCCUCGUCCGAGUCGGGCGUCUUUGAUACCAAAUGUUGGGCACUUGAUUCAACUUUUACCAUGACACAGGUACAAAUUAAUGGUAGAAUAAGUAAUUUCAAACAUGUGAAAAAUAAAGGGAAUGAAUGCAGGUACAAGUAUCAAACUUGGAAGCGAGGGACACGAUGCCUUGUCUCUUUGAAGACAUCGCCAUGUCUGAAAUUUAGCUGAGAAAUCAAGCUUUGAUUUAAGCAUUCGACUAUUUGUCUUUCUGUGUCUCUGGAGUUGUCUACUUUCUUCCUUGCCCAACUGCCUUGUUCUGUCUUCUUCGAAUUAACAACAGGCGAGUGUUUUCCGACCAAAGUGAACCUCUUUGUUCUCAUGCACAGAAAACCCAGAAAGAAAUGAACCCUUUUCUGUCACAGAGCGUCACAUCGGUCCCUACUAAGAUGCCAAAGCCUCAAAUUUAGCUGCAACGAAAACAAUUCUCUGAAUUGCUACAAGGCUCUCUUUAAUAUAUCCCCUAGUCUGGAAUUUUCCCUUAGGCUACUCCGUCCAAUGCUAUAAAUCCUUCUCCAUACCCAUUCCCCUGUUUCAAACUGUCUUGACAUAAUACAUCAGACAGGGGAUAUGGCUUAUAGUGUCACUUAUACAACCUUUUGUAUAACCAGAGGUUCUUCCUAUGGCGGUGAUCAUGACAGAAAUGAGUGCAAUCUGAACAACGUUAGAGUGAACGGCACUCCAACCAGACCAGCUAAUGUUGACAGGCUCAAACAGAGCGCUGCAGCGGCCACCACCACUCUCACCGCAGUUGGUGAAAACGGCUGCAUAUCAAGAGAGAGAAUAAGGCAAAAUAUUCCAACCAAGAAACAGUUUGUUGAUCCUCAUCGCCAGGGGCUUAUGAUCGAAGGUAGUGUUGGAUACAGGCAGACAGUUGUUAUCCGUUCGAACGAAGUUGGUCCUGACAAGACUGCAACAAUUGAGAGCAUACUUAACCUAUUUCAGGAAACAGCAUUGAAUCACGUCUGGAUGUCGGGACUUCUGGGCAAUGGAUUCGGGGCUACACAUGGAAUGAUGAGGAACAAUCUCAUUUGGGUUGUCUCCAGAAUGCAACUUCAAGUUGAUCACUAUCCAAUCUGGGGUGAGGUACUGGAAAUCGACACAUGGGUUGGAGCAUCAGGCAAACAUGGAAUGCGACGAGACUGGCUCAUCCGAAGCCAAGCUACGGGCCACAUCUUUGCACGUGCUACUAGCACUUGGGUGAUGAUGAACCAGCACACAAGGCGCCUAUCAAAGAUGCCAGAAGAGGUGAGAGCUGAGAUUUCCCCUUGGUUCAUAGAGAAGCAAGCAAUCAAAGAUGAUGUCUCCGAAAAAAUACGAAAGUUGGAUGAAGCCACAUAUGGUAACUCUGACUUGAAGCCAAAGAGGAGCGAUUUGGAUAUGAACAAUCAUGUAAACAAUGUCAAGUAUGUGAAGUGGAUGCUCGAGGCUAUCCCGGACCAAGUUUUGGAGACUCAUCAACUUUCUGAGAUCACACUUGAAUAUAGAAGGGAAUGUGGAAGUUCAGACAUAGUCCAAUCACUAUGCGAACAAGAUGAAGAUGGAAUUUUGAGCGAUGGAGUGAAACGAAGCAGUGACAUUGGUCUACUCAACGGAUUCUCUUUAGCAUCAGAAAUUAUUGUGGGAAAUGAUCUACUGGGAUCCUUAGAUACGAUGCCAGUAAGAUAUACACAUCUCCUGCAAGUCAAAGGAGAGCCUAAAAAUGAAGAAAUAGUGAGAGGAAGGACCAAAUGGAAGAGGAAGCUUUCUACCUUUCCAUUCACUUCCUAACAGAAGUGAUCAUGGCAAGUGAUCAUAGAGGCUUCUAAAUUCAAGCUAAGAUGCCCACUAAUAUUUUUUGGGCAUUAAAGAUUGAUUUGCUUGAUAUCCCCCGACUUCUGCGCUCUGCUCCUUUUAGAUCCUUGAAAGGUACCAGAGCAUAAUUUGCCGUGAAUUGUGUAUUUUCUCUUGUAGGUAAUGGUGGGUGGGGGUGGGGUGGGUGAAGUUGCUACCAUCUCAGCAGGGGUUGAGUUAGUCCCUUUCAUGGAUUCUGUUGAGUAGAAUAAGCAGAGUGAGAGUUUCUUUUCUGGUUGUGAAAAUUGCUAUAGCUGAAGAGGAUAGGCAGAGAAAAAGGAAACGUCCGCCAGUGUGAUUCAAAGAAAUUAUUUGGUGAAUAACUAAAAAAUAAUAUAUGAAAAUUAUGAAAUUGUACCUGAUUGCAUCUGCA